GCCAUUCAGUUUGAUUUUAAGUUUGUUUAUGAACAACAAAAGUUUAUUUAGGGAAGUCACACGACUUCGCAGUUACAGUCGGAUAAUAUUCUGCUUAUAAAUAAUACAAUAAAAAUGUUAAACAGAAGGCAAGUAAAUGUGCAAAGACAGAAUUUGGCAGCAAUGUGCAGGAUAUCGGUGAAAUCUCUGAUAGACUGUGCAUGUCUGUACACGCAUGUUGAUGAUGAAAGUGAGGAAUUUAUCAACUUCUGCGCAGUUUUUGAGCAAAUGGUCUCUCAUAGACUACGACCUUACCAAAAGAAGGUGUGGUUACCUGGUCAGGGGACACCGCGACAUUUCUGGGAGGUCCUUGUGGAGAAUCACCACAGCAACCGUGGCUUGCUGUUCCCCUCCUGUAUCCCCAACAUUGAGGUGAUAGAGAUGAUCAAGUCUCCGAAAGCAAAGCUAAGAGCUUUUAUCAAGAUAGCUUUAAUGGAGAAGAGAUUGUCUGACUACCUGUUUUGGCUACUGGACAAUUCAAAUUUAAUAAGAGAGAGCUAUCUAGAUGGAGCACUUAUGCUGUCUGAGGAAGCCUCUGUUUUAUGUGGAGACUUAAUUGGUCUAAAUGCUAUAGACUUCAAUUUUUGUUUGAAAGGAAAUGAAAAUGCACUGCAAGGCCCAUAUGAAAUAAGUUAUGCCCCUUUCUUGAAAUAUAAGCAGUCAUCUGCCAGCCAGAGCAUUGAUGAGAUUGAGAUGCAGCGGCUUAGUGGAAAAGUUUCUGAUGAUAUUGGGAUCCCUUGCAAUAUCUUAACAGAAAGUAACGUCAAUGAUAUUUUACAUUUGCAAAACUUAGAGAAAGAAUUCAGGAGUAUUAAAGAGCAAAAGGAUUACCUGGAGGAGUUGGUGCGUCUGCGUGAGCGACAGAUGGGGGAAGCUAACCUUAGGCUGGAGAGCUUGAAAGUUGAUCGAAGUGUUUUAGAGAAAGAGAGGGUUAAAGAGCGUAAAACAAUGGAUGCCUGCGUUUUGGAGCUUCAAGCUGAAAUAUCGAAGGUGAGGAAAGAGAAUAGUGCACUGAAAGCCCAGGUGGCGUCACUGAGACAGUACAAAGAGAGGAUGGAGUUGAAGGAGGUCCCCAUGGUGGACAUGGCCACCAGCAGAGAGGGCAGUGAGGAGAAGCCGGAGGACCAUGUGGAGAUGGAUCAACUGGACGACAGAUUCACUAUGCAGCAUCGACCAACCUACAAACGAAAGGAAAACGUGAUUCCUUCAGACCUCAGGAGUAUCAUGUCAUCUGUCUCUGACAACAUCCGACUGAAGGAGGACACACAGAGCAUGGUCCCACUGACUGGAUCUUUGGCUGAUGUAAACGUGGCCAUGCUAGAGGGCGCUACCAAGGAACAUUCAAAUAGUGAGCUGAAACAAAAUCAGUGGAUACAACCGGAGCUGAUGGCUGUCAUGUCAGACAAGCCAGACCAGAAGACACUGGACGCGGGUCAAGUGCAGCCGUCUGAACUAGCUGGAGGCUCAGUAACAACAAAGAUGGUCGGGGAAGAAAAAAUUCCGGAGGUGAAUGUUGAAAGUUUUGUGAUAACAAGUGACAACCUGGAUUCUGCAAGCAGCAGUGGCAAAUCCAGCACACAUGAACUGAUUGAUGAUACAAAUGUGAAUAAUUCUGGUGGGGUAGAGGUGAAGACUGGUGAAGGGAGUGUUGUGAAAUCUUCAGAUUCGGAUAAAGACGAGGAGGCAAGCACAUCUGAACCAGAGAUCAUCAACAAAAGUAGUUCCAGCAGUGAGGUGGGGGACGCAGCAUGGGAACUUUUGGAUUCAGAUCAACAGGAGAACAGGGGAGCUGACUCUAAACAAGACCAACAGGAGAACAGGGGGGGUGACUCUAAACAAGACCAACAGAGUGAAUAAAAACAAGAGUGUGUUUACUUUCCAAGGUUUGGACCACACUAAUAUCAAUUGUGCAAUAUAAUUAAAGAAAAACCAUUGCUUAAGAGUUUUUUCUUUUUCUAACAAGUACUUAAUUUAAUUUCCAUGUACAGCUGCUACUCCAUGUUUACAGAUUUUUAAAUAAAUCACAGGCAAAAUUGGGAAUAUAAUUUGCUUCUGCUAUCAGUUUCACUGCACAAACUGUAGGUUGUACUCAUCAUAGAUUUGUUUUCUAGAAAUAUGUGUCCCCAAUAACAACAGAGUUUUUCUAAAACUAUACUUUUAAUUUGUUGAUGAACAAAAAUAUGUGCUUUAACUUUGUUUCAAAUACUUAAUGAUAAAGUUUAUGAACCAUUUGAUGCUAUUUUUACACAUUUUUAAUUUUAAUAAAUGUCUUAAGAUACUGAUUGUUGUUACAUUGCAA